UAGACCUUUCUUAUUUUGUCCCACAGUGUUCAGCUGUGGGCCAAGAAAAUAGUAUUAGAAGAUUGUGACCAUGGCAGCUGAGAACCAAACUACAGUAAUAGAAUUCAUUCUUCUUGGAUUUUCAGAUAAUCCCAACAUAAUACCAUGGCUGUUCCAAUUAUUCUCAUUGGUCUACGUGGCCACACUGGCAAUUAACAUUCUCCUUAUAUUGGCCGUCAUAACAGACAAACAUUUGCACAACCCUAUGUAUUUAUUUCUUGCUAAUUUGUCCAUCUUGGACAUCGGUUAUACAUCAAUCAUUGUGCCCAAGAUGCUACUAAAUAUGGUUUUGUCAGCAAAAACUAUUUCGUAUACUGGUUGUGUUCUUCAAGUUUACUUCUAUCUUUUUAUGGGUGUGUCAGAGUGCACACUAUUGGCUUUCAUGGCCUAUGACCGAUAUGUGGCUAUCUGUAAUCCCUUACGUUACAAUGUUAUUAUGAAUGCAGUCUCUUGUAAUGGGAUGAUUGGCGUGUCUUGGAUGACUGGUGGUAGCAUAGCCGCCUUUGAUAUAUAUUUUGUAUGUCAUUUAAAGUUCUGUGGACAUGUCACCAUUAACCACUUUUUUUGUGAAUCUCCAUCCUUACUUCAGCUAGCAUGUGGGGAUAAAUUUGUGGACAACAUCAUAACUUUGGUCGGUGGGUCCAUGUUGCUUUUAAUUCCCUUGUGCCUCAUCCUCUUUUCAUAUAUAAACAUUUUCUUAGUCAUUAUAAAACUCCCUUCUGGAAGAUACAAAGCCUUUUCAACAUGCAUAUCCCACCUUAUCGUGGUGAUCAUCUUCUAUGGAACAUCCAUAUUUAUGUACAUGAGACCAAGAAAUUCAGACACUGGAGUGACAGACAAAAUAGUGUCGGUGUUCUAUACAAGUGUUACACCGAUGUUAAACCCUUUAAUCUACAGCCUAAGAAAUAAAGAUGUUCAAAAAGCUCUUGGCCAGUUGGCAAGGCGUACAAUUGAGCAAAGGUGACAAACCAUAUAAAAAUUUUGACAACUGUUCAUUCAUCA